AUGGAAGAAGUUUUUGGCUCAGAAUGCAGUAGUGGGUGCGAGUCUGGUUGGACUUUGUACUUGGAACAGUCGAUGUACCCUUCACAUUCUCUUCAAAACCACAACCAUGUCGAUGAUUUCCUCUGUAAAAAAGGAUCCUUUAUACAUAAAGAGGAGGAAGAAGAAGAAGAAGAAGAAGAAGAAGAAGAAGAAGAAGAAGAAGAAGAAGAAGAAGAAGAAGAAGAAGAAGAAGAAGAAGAAGAAGAAGAAGAAGAAGAUAUGUCUAUGGUUUCAGAUGCAUCUUCUGGGCCACCACAUUUUCAAGAACAAGAAGAAUGCUUCAACAACAACAGCCAUGGUGGCUACUGUGUUUACACCACUCUUCCUACAUUAAUCGAUCAUCCUACAAAUGGGAAAAGAAAAAAGAUUGAACAGGGAUCAAAGUUUCAUAGAAAGGUUCAAGAUUUUCCUUCUUUUCUUGAUGAUACUGCUAGCUCUCCUUUCUUCAACUUCUCAAAUAACAAUCUAACAGUGCCCAACAAGGAAGCUUCAAUGGAGGAUAACGACAUUAGAGACUACUCACAGGGCUAUUCCACAACCUACUUUGAGGAUAAAUCUACAUAUCAAGAACACUUUGGGUUCUUCCACCCCUCUGUCUCUGGAACUCAACUGCAACAAAACCAAUGGUUUGAAGGAAAGAGAUGGGGAUGAUGUUCAUCAAUGUCAAAUUCUUGAAGUUUGUUUAGAAGAAAUGGCAUGGCUUAUCAAGCUAGAGGAAUUCACACCCAAAAGAAAAGAUCUUGUUCUUUUCUUUCUUUCUUUCUUUUUUUGGAAUUUUUUGAUUUCUUUUUUCCUUUUUAGAUGUUCAAUUGUCAAUGGCAAUGAAAACAACCCGAGGAGGAAAAAAAUAUCUGGGAAAUAAUUUUCCAUGUUCCUCAUAAAUUAUUUACCUUUGUCAACGAUUAUG